AUGGGCCAUGACCCUCCACGCUGGCCCAAUGCGGAUUGGAGGGUAUUAACGACUGCAAAUGCAGCCGGGACCAACGGCUUAACGUGCCUUCCGAAGCACGGAGUAGCUCAAGAUAAUAAUUUUUUGGUCACCCAUCCCGUGACCGACCCUUGCGAAAGUUGCUUAAAGACUACGAUCGCGGGCCACGGCGCUUAUCCACUACGCCACCGAGCUACAUCAACAACGUUCAUUAGGUACCAAAAAACUGCACGUUUCCACUGUGACCCAAUUUUGCUAACCCUCCAUUCAGUACUGUUUAGUGUCUUCAAUUUGUUUAUUUAUUUUUUUUAAUUAUUCAUUUAUAAA